AGUUAUGCCCCUGGGCCUGCCUGGCUGCCGUGUGAAGUGGUGGGGGGCAGACCCGAGUCAGUAUGGGGCCUGCUAUCCUACACUAGGUACUCUGCCCUGCUCUGUCUGCCUGCCUGCCUGGCUGGCUGGGUGGAUGAUCAGGCUGGUGCUAUGGUUCUCUGGGUGGGACAGAGAGACUCACCUUGCUUUGAUGCCCUUGGCUGUCCUGGAAUGAGAGUGAGAGGACUCACGCGCCCCCACCCUUUUAAAGCCUCCCCUGGCAAAGGGCCACGCUGAAAGCCCCAGCUCAGCAGCGGGGAGGGGCCUCUCUUUGUCCCAUUGACAAAAGCAGGGUUAAUCUAUAGAGGGACAGAAGUGCAGACACCACACUAUCACCCAGUGCAGGGACCAGGGAUAGGGAGAAGAGGAGGAGAGAAGAGACAAGUUCAGGGCACUUAGAGAGAAUGUCAAGGGGCGACGAGAGGAGGAAGGGGAUGCCCUCAAAAAGCCACGUACAUUAGCCUACACUGUUGAUUUCUCUCUCUCUCUCGCUCUCUCUCUACCUCUUCCUCACUAUCUCUCCCUUUCACUUCUUUGUUAUUUCUAUCGUUCACAAUCACAUCUCAUGUUUUCUUAUGGGUAUGUAAAUUAACGAGCUAUAUCCCAAAAGGCUAAUGGAUGACCCUCUCCUCUCUGUUGACAAGUAUGUCAUGUCCUUUACUCACCUGUAGGGGGAGACCUGUCUGUCUCCCUGUCUGCUCACCUGUCUGUCUCCCUGUCUGCUCACCUGUCUGUCUCCCUGUCUGUCACACCCUGGUUCACCUCACCUCAUCUGCUCUGCUACAAUCACUGUCCCCUAUUUCCCCUAAAGGAUUGAUAAAGUAUUGUAUCUAUCUGUCUGUCUGACGUAAAAGUUAAACUUGUGCAUGGAAGACUUUUAGAUUGUUGAUGACUAAAUUGUUGUUAUUCUGUUAGUCCCACAAUGUGACACAGCCUGUGGUGUGUAUCUUAUUUAUUCAUAUCAUUAUUCAUAGUUCAUCUGCAGUAUGAUCAGGCAUGCUCCCAUGUUUCAUAACACGCAAACAGAGAGAGAGAGAGAGAGUAGAGAGAGUAAGAGAGAAGAGAAGAGAGAGAUCGUAGCGAGAGCGAUAGUAGGGCAUAGCAGAUAGAUAGCAUAUAUCGAGAUGAGGAGCGUUCCCUCUUCUCUCUUUUUGUUUGACCCUUGCUCGCGCUCUCUGCGCUUGCUCUCGCUCUCUCUCUCGCUCUCUCGGCCUCUCGCUCUCUCUCUCUCGCUCUUCUCGCUCUCUCUCGCUCUGCGCUCUCUCUCUCUCCUCUCGCUCUCUCGGGUUCUCAUCUCUUCUCUCGCUCUCUCUGGCUCGUGCUCCUCUCUCUCUCCUCUCUCUCUCUCUCUCUCUCUCAGUCCCCCAGCAAAUUUGACAGACUGAGAUGGAGGAGUGUCAGCAGUAGACAAGCUUUAACAUGAAACACUCAGACGGGUUACACUUCAACAGUGGAACGAACUGCUUAUAAAAAAAACAGGUGGUUAUGAACUAUUAUAGUUGGUUAACUAUUAGGCUAACCAAAUGGCUAUGUAAUUUCUACUUAAACUGUGUGUCCUUUUUCAAAGGGAAUAUUCUUGUAUUUAUUAACUUUCCUAAAUAUAUUUAUCAAAAACGUUAACCUACACAACUGAAUCAUGAAAAGUAUAAAUCAUACCUUUUACAUAUAUUACCAGUCAACAGUCAAAAGUUUGGACACACCUACUCAUUCAAGGGUUUUUCUUUAUUUUUACUAUUUUCUACAUUGUUGAAUAAUAGUGAAGACAUCAAAACUAUGAAAUAACACAUAUGGUAUCAUGUAGUAACCAAAAAAGUGUUAAACAAAUCAAAAUAUAUUUUAUAUUUUAGAUUCUUCAAAGUAGCCACCCUUUCCCUUGAUGACAGCUUUGCACACUCUUAGCAUUCUCUCAACCAGCUUUACCUGGAAUGUUUUUCCAACAGUCUUGAAGGAGUUCCCACAUGUGCUGAGCACUUGUUGGCUGCUUUUCCUUCACUCUGCGGUCCGACUCAUCCCAAACCAUCUCAAUUGGGUUGAGGUCGGGUGAUUGUGGAGGCCAGGUCAUCUGAUGCAGCACUCCAUCACUCUCCUUCUUGGUAAAAUAGCCCUUACACAGCCUGGAGGUGUGUUGGGUCAUUGUCCUGUUGAAAAACAAGUGAUAGUCCCACUAAGCGCAAACCAGAUGGGAUGGCAUAUCACUGCAGAAUGAUGUGGUAGCCAUUCUGGUUAAGUGUGCCUUGAAUUCUAAAUAAAUCACCAACAGUGUCACCAGCAAAGCACCCCCAUACCAUCACACCUCCUCCAACAUGCUUCAUGGUGGGACCCAUACAUGCAGAGAUAAUCCGUUCACCUGCUCUGCGUCUCACAAAGACACAAAGGUUGGAACCAAUAAUCUCAAAUUUGGACUCAUCAGACCAAAAAAGGACAGAUUUCCACCGGUCUAAUGUCUCUUCUUCUUAUUGGUGUCCUUUAGUAGUGGUUUCUUUGCAGAAAUUCAAACCAUAAAGACCUGAUUCAUGCAGUCUCCUCUGAACAGUUGAUGUUGAGAUUUUUCUGUUACUUGAACUCUGUGAAGCAUUUAUUUGGGCUGCAAUCUGAGGCUGGAAACUCUAAUUAACUUAUCCUCUGCAGCAGAGGUAACUCUGGAUCUUCCUUUCCUGUGGCGGUCCUCAUGAGAGCCAGUUUCAUCAUAGCACUUGAUAGUUUUUGCGACUGCACUUGAAGAAACUUUAAAAGUUCUUGAAAUUUCCGGAUUGACUGACCGUCAUGUCUUAAAGCAAUGAUGGACUGUCGUUUCUCUUUGCUUAUUUUAGCGGUUCUUGCCAUAAUAUGGCUAUCUUCUAUAUACCACCCCUACCUUAUCACAACACAACUGAUUGGCUCAAACACAUUAAUUCCACAUAUUAACUUUUAACAAGGCACACCUGUUAAUUGAAAUGCAUUCCAGGUGACUACCUCAUGAAGCUUUGAGAGAAUGCAAAGAGUGUGCAAAGCUGUCAUCAAGGCAAAGGGUGGCUACUUUGAAGAAUCUCAAAUUUAAAAUAUAUUUUGAUUUGUUUAACACUUUUUUGGUUACUACAUGAUUCCAUAUGUGUUAUUUCAUAGUUUUGAUGUCUUCACUAUUAUUCUACAAUGUAGAAAAUAGUAAAAAUUAAGAAAAACCCUUGAAUGAGUAGGUGUGUCCAAACUUUUGACUGGUACUGUAUGUAUUUAUUUAAUUAGAUGUUUAACAAACUGUGAUAUAGUGUUGUAGGUCAGUACAAACAAAAAGAAAAGAAGAAAACAAUUACUCAAAAAAACUUCACAGCACUAAAAGAAGGUUGCUUACAAUAAUUUAUUGUUGUUUUGUUUUGACAUGUUUUGACAAACUAUGUUAUAAUGUGUAAGCUGUUUAUAAAGCAUUAGCCAUAGCUGUAGUAUUGGCCAUAGCUUUAGCAUAGCUAUGGUUUUGGUGUUAGCCAGAUAGCUGUAGCAUUAGCUCACACCACUGUGUGUUGAGCGAGCACAGCGCUGCGCUGGCUGUUGUAACAGUAGAGUGUCUGUGUGUGUUAACAGUAGAGUGACUGUGUGUGUUAACAGUAGAGUGACUGUUUAUGUUAACAGUAGAGUGACUGUGUGUGUUAACAGUAGAGUGACUUCCCAGUCAACCAUUAGUCAACAGAGAAAGGAGCAGAGACUGGACUGUCACUAGCCUACCUCUCUCUGACUGGAGCCUGUGGAAAGCUGGUAUCUAUGGCUGUCUUUACAGCCAGACCAAUUCAAAAAAUGUUGUUCUCUAAUUGGUCAUUUGACCAAUCAGAUCAAUUGGGAAAAAGAUCAGAAUUGGACUGCCUUUGUAAACACAGCCUAUGUUACCUAUUCUACACUGGCCUGCAUAGAAUGAAGAUAACAUAACAGAAGAAUGACUGAAUUAUAAAUUAUAUAGAUGGAUUUCCUAGACAUUGAUAGGUGACAGGGUUUCCAUGUAAAAUUGGUCUAUGUAUUUUUGCAAUUUAUCUGUUGAGAUCAUCUGCCAUUAUUUUAUACACUUUUUUGUACCCUUACUCAACCUACCUUGACUCAACCAGCUAGUUUUGGACUCUGUAUCUCAGGGGGACAAUUGUCCCUGACUGCACAACUCUGGAAGGCUGGCUGUAGAGAGGGAGACCAGGAUUUACUAACCUCAUCGUAGACUACUAACAUCUGAAAUCAAUCUAUUUGUAUCUAUCUAUCUAUCUAUCUAUCUAUCUAUCUAUCUAUCUAUCUAUCUAUCUAUCUAUCUAUCUAUCUAUCUAUCUAUCUAUCUAUCUAUCUAUCUAUCUAUCUAUCUAUCUAUCUAUCUAUCUAUCUAUCUAUCUAUCUAUCUAUCUAUCUAUCAAUCUGAAUCAAUCAAUCAAUCAAAUGAACAAUCAAUCAAGGAUCAUGAUGCACACAUCAAUAUUUAAAAGUCAUCUAGCAACAUGACUACAUGAUCAUUGAUCCUGACCUACAGUAUACAGUGGAGAGACCUGUACUUGAUUGGACAAUGGAUGGAGAAAAUGAACACUUGUCAUAAAGACCUGUGGUGAGAGAGGGUAGAGAGGGGGGUUGAGAGAGAAGGGGAGAUGGGGGGUAGGGAGAGAUGGAAGGAGAGUAGAGAGAGACAAAAGGAUAAAGGAUGACAUUCUCCUACAGGAUAUUUAUACUCUAUUAUUCUGCCUCUUCCCUUUCGUCAUGACCCUCCUUUACCACACUUUUAUGUGCUUUAUAAUGCUGUGAUACUGUCUGUAUAUUAGCAUUAUAUCUAUGUAAAACAAGUGUGCAUGUGUGUGGGAGACAAAAAGACAGAGUCUGUGUGAGAUAUUAUCACCUAGUUACACGUCCUUUUCAUCUUCUUUGAUAAUAAUAAUACAUUAGGAUCAUUAUCAUUUGAAAAAGAUGAAUAGGGAUCAUAACUUGUUUUAUUGAUUGCACUCAACUAACCAGAAGAAGAAGAAGAAGAAGAAGAAGAAGAAGAAGAAGAAGAAGAAGAAGAAGAAGAAGAAGAAGAAGAAGAAGAAGAAGAUCACAAAAAAAUCAGUCCUGGCAAAAUCAGUCCUGACUAAUCGUACUUGAAUGGAAAUCCCACCUUUUGUUAAUCAACUUUUAAAAUGUUAUGUCAUUUGAAGCAUAAGUCUAUCUCUUUUCAAAACUAAGCUAAGUGCUGGUACAGUUUUACCUGUUAGAGUUAGAGAAAGAUACAGAGAGAGACAGUGUGUGUGUGUGUGUGUGUGUGUGUGUGUGCAUGCAAGCACCUGUGUAUGUGUUAGAGGAUUAACUACUUGCGCCCUCCAGGUCUAUGCAUUCCUGUGCCCUAUAUGCUGCUAUAGCUUACAGGCCCAGCGCACUAACAGAGGGGGAAAGUGCCAUUGUCAGGGCUUUCCAUUGACAGUAAAGUGCUUACAGGCAGCGCGGGGGGCAGAGGGGGGUUCUGGUUGAUGCGAUGACCCAGGGCGCUUUGGUCCAGACCAACUCUGAUGACGCUGGUGUUUCUAUUGUCCACCGAGCCACUGCGUUCGGCCUUUGCCAGGGUAUAAAAGCUAGGGCUCUGCGCUGAGGGGGCCAGCACGAUCCAGCCUAACCCACACGGCACAGCAAGCUGUACACGCAGGUAAGGACACACCCCACACACACACGCUCUGAAAACAGAAGUCGAUCCACAGCAGCAAACAGCACACAGGGGCCCACUCCUCUCAGCCUACCAUGCCUGGGUGUGUCACCCCUAGGCGGGGCAGAGCCCCUAACAGAGGCCCAGGCCUCAGGGCCUACAUGAGGCACUCAGACCCCAGGCUGGAUUGGUACAAUGGAUGGUUAUUUUCUCAUUGGAGAUUCUAAUUCAUCCUAUGGAAGUGUGUGGCCGCUGUGUCCUGCCUCAGUUAGUUACAAAACUAAACAAAAAAUAGUAACACAUACACAAACAACACACAUUCACUCUGUAGUGGGAACAUGGAUGCCACACGUUUACCAGACUUGUGUUUUGAUCUUUUUUUCUCCCUGUCCCUCUUUCUCUCAAUCGAUCUCUCUACUUCCCACUCCAUUCUCCCUUUCCCUUUCCUCCUCUCGCUCUCUCUUUCCCUUCUUCCUCUCUUUUACUCUCUCUGCCUGCUCUAUCUUCUUUCCUCUGACAUUCCUCUCCUCUCCCUCUCCUCUCUCAUCCCUCCAUCCUCUCCUCGUCCCCUCUCUUCCCCCACUUCUCUCUCCCUCUACCCCUUAUCCCUCCAUCCUUUCCUUCUCCCUCCAUCCAUCCAUCCCUCCCUCCCCCCCCCUCUCUGUCAGAAUUCUCCUGAUCCCUCACCAUGUCUCAGACCGCCAAGUCCGCCUCCAGCCAGGGCACUGAUGUCAAGGACAAGGGAGCCCCUGCCCCCGCUGCCACCAUCAAGGCCACUAAGACCGGAGAACCCAGCAUUGGAAACUUCAGAGUGAGUCAACACACCUCCAUUAUAUAUACACACAAACCACUUGGCACAGGAGCUGGAUUCAAAUUGUAACUGCAGAAAAAAAGAGAAUUGUCCACCCAUUGUGUGGGAGCAGCAAACAGUCUAAAGUUAGCCAUUUGCCUUUAACUUUUAUCUGAGCAGGGUUAAUUGACUAUGGAUAGAACAUUAUACAGGAAGUUUGUUGUGAUUGGUAAAUGUUGCAACUAAGUCAGUGGGUCUUAAGAUGACCCCAGAGAUCUUACAGCCUUCACAGCAGUACAUGUGGCUUUGGGUUUAGUGGAAGGAAGCUUCUGUACAGGUAGUCAGAGCCAUGAAGAACUUCAGAGCUUUCUAACUGAUUGAUGAAUUGACUGUAGUUACCAGACACAAACGGUAAAGGGCUCUGAGACCUAGUUCCAUACCUUCAGUAGUAAAAGGCACCAAAUUCAUUCUAAUUCUAUGGUAAAAGGGUCAACAUAGAAUAUAAUAUUUGUGGAAGAAGGACAGUAUCUCACCCUUGACCUCUUCCAUUGAUAAUGUCAUCUAACCUCUGACCACUGCCCCCUGUAGAUCAUGCUGUUCGACCAGGAGAACUUCCAGGGCAGAAUGAUGGAGAUCCAGAACGAGUGCAUGAACGUGUGUGAACGCGGCAUGGACAGAGUGCGCAGUAUCAUCGUCGAGUGCGGCCCGUAAGUGGACAUACACACCUGCACCUACAGGGCAAGAUUACACACAAAGCAAUCAACUCUCCAUUCUAGUCCAAAACACAGGAAGACAAACUCAGACUGAGUCCAAACAUUUGAGCCCAAACACUGAUGCUGUAAUUUUUCACAACUCUUCACGUUCAUUUCAUUUUUACCCGUCUUCUAAUCCCCCCCCCCCUGUGUCUCCCCCUGUGUCCCCCCUGUGUCUCCCCCUGUGUCCCCCCUGUGUCUCCCCCUGUGUCCCCCCUGUGUCUCCCCCUGUCCCCCCCCUGUGUCCCCCCUGUCCCUGGCGGCCACCCCUCUCCAGCUUUGUUGCCUAUGAGCAGACUAACUUCCGUGGGGAGAUGUUCAUCCUGGAGAAGGGAGAGUAUCCUCGCUGGGACACCUGGAGCAACUCCUACCGUAGUGACUGCCUCAUGUCCCUCAGGCCCGUCCGCAUGGUGAGGAACACACACAUUCCAAAACACACACACACUAUCACAUUUUCAUACAUACUCUCUCUCACACACAUUCCAAAGAUGACAGUGACAAAUGAGUUCGCUAAAGCGAAAACAUCUGGUGACUAGGGCUAAUACAGAAGCUAGUGAAAAUACCCUCUAACCUUUACCCUGACACUCUCUCUCCUUCCUUCCCCCCUCUUUCCCUCCCUACCUCCUUCCCUCCACAGGACAGCAUGGAGCACAAGAUCUGUCUGUUUGAGCUCUCCGACUUCAAGGGCAAUAAGAUGGAGAUCCAGGAGGAUGACGUGCCCACCCUGUGGGCGCAUGGCUUCACCGACAGAGUGGGCAGCGUGAGGGUGCCCGGCGGAGUGUGAGUACACACACACACACACACGCACACUCCCACACACACUCGUCCUUACGCACAAACACCAAAAAUCUAUUUUUAUGGAUCCCAGGACUGAAAAAAAGAACUGAAAAAUCAUAAUCUAUAUCUAAGAUAAAACCCAUAUCUGUAGAAGCUAGAAAUAGAGUAGCAAUAUAUUAGCAGUAUAGUGACCUAUGUAUGGCCCAGAGCCUGAGGCAGAGUUGCAGGUUCCUGCCUAGUGACAACAUGAGGCCUUGUGGGAAGUGUCACUGUAUAAAGUGAAGUAUUCAGGCAGGCACAGGGAGGAGGACUGAGUUGUUUGUGUGUCAUAGAAUGUCAAGGGUACAUUUAUAACUGUUGCUCACUUUAAGUGGAAACACAGACCUCCUAUAUGACUUAUGUUGUCUCUAAUAACAGCUUAAAAAUAACUAUCUAUCUAAAUGUAACAAAAAUGACCUUCUCUCUCUCUCCUUUCCUCCUCUCUCCAGGUGGGUGGGUUACCAGUACCCCGGAUACAGAGGCUACCAGUACCUAUUUGAGUGUGGUGACUAUAGACACUACAACGAGUUCUGUGCCUUCCAGCCCCAGAUCCAGUCCAUGCGUCGCGUCAGGGACAUGCAGUUCCACCAGCGCGGUUGCUUCAACCUCACCUCCGCCAGCAAGUGAGCGACCUCUGGUGGAUGCACGCUGUAACUGCAGCCAGCCAGCCAGUCCUCCCUCACUCAACCCGCCCAUCCGGCGCUUUUUAUUUCUCCAACCCUAUCCCUCCUAUCCUUCCCUUCACCCACCCUCAUCCCUCUAUCCUAAAGGGAUAGAACGACAGCAUCGUACCGACCGGAACAACCUAAAUGACUUUUUAUGAUGCCAAAUAAUAAACGUUUUGAAAAACCUGAAUUCCUUUCGGCUGGACUACAUUAUUCAAAGCCUUGUGUCCGCUGUGACAACAUUAUUACCACAGCAUUUUGUGCUUCACUGUCCUUUUCUCUCUGUGUGAUAUUCACUGUUUCUUUCUCUCUCUUCCCCAUUGUCUGUCUGAAUGCAUUCUCCCUAUUUGUCUUUCUCUCUCGCUGUCUCCCUCCUUCACUCUGUCUUUCUCUCGUCCUUCUGUUCUUCUCUCCUCCAUCUGGCCUGUUGGACUGAGAAAGGACCAUCUGAUUAAUCAGGGGUUAAAGGUUGAACACAGCCCCUCUCGCCCACUGACAGACAGCACAGUGGAAAUGAUUUUACCUAACAAUGAGGAUGCAUGUAGAUAAAGCUUGUAUAAGGUUAUUCAACGGGACCUUGAAAGUGGCUUCAUAUCUAGAGCUAUAAAGUAGAUGUUAUGGUCACUGAAAGGUAAGGGUUAUAUAGCUUACUUCAAUGAUGCUCAGUUUACGACCAAAUAAAAAGAUGUAGGCCUAGUUAAUAAGUAAAUCAUCAUACGAAAAUUGGCAAAUAACUAAAUGAGUUCGAUCAUUGUAGGCUACAUAAGCAUUGCUAAACUAUCAGACACUAAACACCAUACAUUACAUUAUAGUCAUUAAGCAGACGCCCUUAUCCAGAGCGACUUACAGUUAGCGAGUGCAUACACAUUUUUUUUUCCGUACUGGUCCCCCGUGGGAAUCGAACCCACAACCCUGGCGUUGCAAGCGCCAUGCUAUACCAACUGAGCUACACGUUGGUUGUUAGCUACAUCUGCUGUCUUGCUGGUUCGUUCCAUGGUUGCAAAGAUUAUGGAUUAUUUUAUGAUGUCCCACUCAGGCCUUUUACCAUUGAAAAUUAAAUGGUCAGUUCCGGUCUGCUAAACUGGGUUCUCCCAUAGGCUAGGUCGAAAAAGUACAGGGUUAAGACAAAGUAAUAAUAAUAAAUAUAAUAAUAAUAUGCCAUUUAGCAGACGCUUUUAUCCAAAGCGCCUUACAGUCAUGCGUGCAUACAUUUUUGUGUAUGGGUGGUCCCGGGGAUCGAACCCACUAACUUGGCGUUACAAGCGCCAUGCUCUACCAGCUGAGCUACAGAGGACCCAUGCAUGAUUCCAUGCGUUCGAAAAUAAACAAAUUGAUGUUUGCAAAGAGUUAUGGGAUAUUAGAAUCCCAUUGUCUAAACCUUUGUCAUCUUCAACCUAGCCCAUAGGCACUAAUGCAUUAGCAGCUGGGUCUGGUCAGGGCCAAUGUGGUUUCUGUCUGAAGGUUCCGAGAGCCCACUUUCUCCUCCAUAGCCGUUGCUAAGUAAUAAUUGACGCUUCCGCGUUGUGCUGUUUAUUUCUGAUAGUUUUCAAAACCUAUGAAGAUGUACAGUCAGUGAAAGCAGAUAUGCAAUUUGUUGACACCACAACAGUACAGACUUGGAUACACAUUAUCCCGAAUGCUAAUCAAUAAAAACGUCUAUUAAAUUUGCUGCUGUGUUUUUCUUGUUCACAGCGGGUCAUUUCCUAGGGAUUUUUCGGAGGCGCUCUGGUAUUGUAUCACCAAAAUGUUAUACUUGGCUGAACUCUAUAUGGCUAUGGCUCUGGCUCUGGUCUGCUUAGUUCAUUGACUCUAUAUGAACCAGAAAAAAAUAGGGAGUGGGAUGUCUCGCUUCCUCUUCCGUCUCUGUAUGGUUGCACAAGCAGCAAACUGAGCAGUCAACAUGGCAGCACUUUUCAAAGCUAGAAAAGGUCAGUAUACAAUCAAUACACAAACUAUUGACGUGCUCUUUUGUCUCUCAAUUACAAAGGGUUUUUGUACUUGCUUUGUUGGUGUGUUGAUCCUUCGACAAUAAAAUAGACUUGGGACAGUCGUGCCGGGGUGCUAAGAUUUGUAAGCUCAAUGUUCUAUCUGUCCUAGUAGCUACUUUAGCUCGCUAGCACCAAUGCGAAGUAACGACAGCUAGCUGCAUAUUGAGUGUUUAGUUAGCUUCUAAGCCACCUCUAAAAUAAACACAGUUAUGCAUUGCUAGAAUGCUGCCUUUACAGUGGUGGUCAAUAAUAACUUCCAAGGCAACUUCAAUGGGGUUAAGGACUGCAGCCAUAACGUAAGCAUCAUUGACAUUGUUUAUCAUUAACAGAAACCCUGUUUUCACUGGCUGCGUGGGUGGUUAUCUAUGUAGCUAAUACACAUAUGGGCAUUAUACCGUAGUAAAUGUAUUCACAUUUAUAGCUUUCUGUCUUUACCCCCCCCCCCCCCCCCCCCCCCCAGCCCUUGGCCUGUAUGUCAGUGGCUGUAGAUCUCUGUCCUCGCUAGCUGAGCUACCAGAGAUGCAUCAGAUGAUGAGACAGACCUGUAGAGACUAUGCAGACAGAGAGCUGGCUCCUAUAGCUGGAAAACUAGACAAGGAACACCUCUUUCCUGCCCAACAGGUACACACACACACACACACACUGGCUUGCUCACACACACACACACACACACACACACACACACACACACACACACACACACACACACACACACACACCACCACCUAAUAGGUACACACACACACCACUAAACAGGAGGUACACAUAUACACACACACACACACACACACCACUAAACAGGAGGUACACAUAUACACACACACACACACACACACCACUAAACAGGAGGUACACAUUAACACACACACACACACACACACCACUAAACAGGAGGUACACAUAUAUACACACACACUCACACCACUAAACAGUAGGUACACAUAUACACACACACACACCACUAAACAGGAGGUACAUAUAGACACACACACACUCACACACACACCACUAAACAGGAGGUACACAUAUACACACACACACACACCACUAAACAGGAGGUACACAUAGACACACACACACACUCACACACACACCACUGAACAGGAGGUACACCUAUACACACACACACUCACACACACACCCUCCAACGCAAUGGUAUUCAAACUUUUUCAGCGGGGACCCCAUUUAUUUCGCCAGAAUUUCCGGCGACCCCACCCCAAAUCUAAUGGCACAACAAAUACCCUAAAAUUCAUUACAUUUUCAUCUCUCUUAUCAAAAUGAAAAUAAACUAAUACAUACAUUUACUCAAUAACAUUUUACUUGUCAAAAUAUAUUUCUAAAAAAAUGUUUGUAUAUUGUCCCAUACUAUAAUCUGUACUCAUAAUUGUUGAAUACAACUGCUCUAAUGCAUCCACCUGUGUAUCCGUACAGGUCCGAGAGCUGGGUGCUAUGGGGGUGAUGGCUGUGGAGGUUCCUGAGGAGCUGGGAGGAGCAGGUAUGGACUACCUGGCCUACGCUCUGGCCGUGGAGGAGAUCAGUAGGGGCUGCGGCAGCACUGGAUGUGUGGUCUCGGUCAACAACGUACGUAAGAGUGUGUGUGUGUGUGUGUGAAAGAGACUGUUUUAUAUUGCCACUGUAUCUUGCACUGAUUCUAAAGUUGUGUGUGUGUGUGUGUGUGUGUAGUCUUUGUACAUAGGGCCGAUAUUGAAGUUUGGAACACAGGAGCAGAAGGACCAGUGGAUCACUCCUUUCACAACCGGAGAGAAAGUCGGCUGCUUCGCUCUGAGUGAACCAGGUUCACACACAUACACACUAACACCUUUGCCCCAGAACCCUCCACUCACUUCUACAUUCCAACCUGGGGAAAUGGGUGGUUGUUCAUUGUUGAUGUCACUUCUAUCCUCUCCUCUCCUUCUCUCUCUCUCUCUCUUCUCUUCUUUCUCUCUCUUCUCUUCUCUCUCUCUCUCUCUUCUCUUCUCUCUUCUCUCUCUCUGUGUAGGUAAUGGUAGUGAUGCAGGGGCAGCGUCUACGUUAGCCAGACAGGAGGGAGAGGAGUGGGUACUGAACGGGACUAAAGCCUGGAUCACCAACAGCUGGGAUGCCUCAGCUACUGUCGUAUUCGCUACCACUGACAAGUCACUAAAACACAAGGUUAGAUACACCAUUGUUGGAGUCAAGCCAUAGUUAAACCCCUCUAGUCCUUCUCCCCCCUCUAUCUAUCUGUCUAUCUAUCUCUCUCUCAAUAUUGUAUUACUUUAUCAAUGUAACUCAUACAUGCAAUUCAUCUUGUUGCUGCUAUUUGUGGUUCCGACAAUACAAAUCAUUCUCCUUUCCCUCCCUCAGUGUAAUAUUCCCUCCCUCCCUCUGUAGGGUAUCAGUGCAUUCCUGGUGCCCAUGCCUCACCCUGGCCUUUCCCUGGGGAAGAAGGAGGACAAACUGGGCAUCAGAGCAACCUCCACGGCCAACCUCAUCCUUGAGGACUGUAGGAUACCUCUGGGAAACAUGCUGGGGCCACGAGGGUCUGGCUUCAAGAUAGCCAUGGUGGGUUUGUAGGGUGGAGUGGGGUGUUGCUUAUGUGUGUGUGUGAGGGGAUGGGUGUACGUUUUGUGGUCCAUGUCUGUGCGUGUGUGUACUGACCCCCCCCCCCCCCCCUCCCCAUCUCUCCCAUAGCAAACCCUGGACAGUGGGCGUAUAGGGAUAGCAUCCCAGGCUCUGGGUAUUGCUCAGGCUGCUCUAGACUGUGCUGCGGACUACGCUCACAAACGCACCGCCUUCGGAGCUCCCAUUGGCAAGCUGCAGGCCGUACAGGUGUGUGUGUGUGUGGAAGUUUGUGUUUUAAUGUUAAGGUGUGUGUGGAAGUGUCUGUUAUCAAAGGUGUGUGUAUCUCAAUGCUUCAGUUCAAGCUGGCGGACAUGGCUGUAGCUGUUGAAAGCGCUCGUCUCCUCACUUGGAAGGCUGCAAUGCUAAAAGACGGCAAGAAACCCUUCUCCAAGGUACACCACACACCCCACAACACACACACACACACACACACACCAUCCACUCUGUCACACUACAUAACGUUGGACUUCCUCCUUCAUGUCCCCACAGGAAGCAGCGAUGGCCAAACUCUCAGCGUCUGAGGCGGCUACCUUCUGCGGCCACCAGGUACGCAUCAUAGAGCCUGUCAUGUCAUGUUUGCUAGAAAUAGUGCCUGAAUCAAUCAAUGAAUCAAUCAUGUAUUUUACAGAAUUCACGGAAAUCUCGGAUUCUAAACCAUUCUAAUGUUCUUUACCUUCUGUGGAACUAAAAGUCGAUCCAGGUUCUUGGGGGAAUGGGUUACGUGACAGACAUGCCAGCGGAGAGGCACUACCGCGACGCGCGAAUCACUGAGAUCUACGAGGGCACCAGUGAGAUCCAGAGACUGGUGAUAGCCGGCCAGCUGCUGAAGGAGUAUGUGUCAUAGAGACUUGCGGACUGCUCCCCAAAUGGCAGUCUAUUCCCUACAUAGUGCACUAUUUCUGGACCCCAAUGGCCAAAAGUGGUGCACUAUAUAGGGAAUAGGGUGCAAUUUCAGAUUGGCCCAUAACAGCCUCUACACCCAGGACUGCGUUCAGGACUGCAGUGUUCAACAGUGUUGAACAGUGUCAUCAGCGGCAGUCAGCUACUGAACUGAAGGAAUGUCAAACAUGGAGACAGACUCGCACAGCUCUGGGUAGAAGUUACCCUUGACCACAGAUCUAGGAUCAGAUUGCCAAACUAAUGCCCAAAUCCUAACCUCAAUUGUUAUGGAGAGAAUAUUUGUCCCUGGACCAGUGGAUAGAGGCACCUUGUACCUACCACUCCGAAGGGAUAAGACCAGGCCUGCGUUCAGGACUGCAGUGUUCAGCAAUGUUGUGAAACACUGCAACAUGCAUCCCACCUCCAUUGAAUCCUGUAUUACUUCAACUUUGUAACGAUUACAAAACAAUCCAAGACUGUUUCUGGUUUGAAGCCAUUUGUAACUGUUGAUAUCAACAUGGCGAUAUAUAUAAUCCUUUCUGCCUUAGAACUUCUUAAUAUUUUCUGCUUUAAACUGAUGGUAUCUGGUAAUAUAAUAUAAGCUAGCAGACUCGCAUUCUCAUUGUGACCAUCUGUGUGAGUUGCAGUGCCUACUAAAGCCACAGGAGGGGAGCAGUGUUUGGACUGCCCUGUCCUGCCUUCACUUCAAACAACAAGGGGGAUCACAACGUUUGAACACAUGUAACAUGCAUCCCUCCUUAUUCUCUGCCUUGUAAAUAUUAACUGAUCUAAAAGAGUUGUGUAGUCAUAAACAAGAAUUCCACGGCAUACUGUAGUGGCCCCGUGUAGCUCAGUUGGUAGAGCAUGGCGCUUGCAACGCCAGGGUUGUGGGUUCGUUUCCCACAGGGGGCCAGUAUGAAAAAAUGUAUGCACUCACUAACUGUAAGUCGCUCUGGAAAAGAGCGUCUGCCAAAUGACUAAAAUGUAAAUGUAGUUGGCUAACGUCGUACCCAGGCUAGGCUUGGUGGAUGAGACUAGUAGUUAGCCAUCACCAUGUUGAAAUAGGAUCAAUAAUUACUUCAAGCAGGGGGGAGAGAUACAUUUUGAAGUAAUUAAACAGGGUUACACGCCUCUGUUCCUGUCUGUGCCUGGUCUGAUGCUGCUCUCCAGGCUGUACAUAAGCGUACAAAUGUUUUUAUGGAACUGAGACAACUGGGAAGUGGUUUAAUGGUUUAACAUGUUUUUGUCUCUAUGGCCGUCAGUUAUUAGGGUUAUUGCAUUGAAUGUUAAUGAAUCAAUCUCAGUUUUGAUAUAAAGAGUGCUCUGUUCAGAACUGAAUGUCACCACUAUAGAGAACCUAUGUCUGUCAGAGUUUCAGAGAUCUAAAUGAUCAAAUGUUGGGUUGUGUAGCAAAUUGAUAUUUUUUUACCAUGAUGCCCUACACAGCCCAAGUUUGUGCCUCAACAUAAACAGCUGUUGUACAUAUUUUAUUAUAAUUGAUGGUACAUAAUGAAAUCAAAAACAAGAUCACAAGAUUACUCCCUUACAUCUUUUCAUGUUAAAUAGUGAUGCUCUGAGGCUGUUUUGUGACAUGGCAACAUUUCAUUAUUAACAGGCGGCCAGUGGCACCUUAAUUGGGGAGGACGGGCUGGGACGGAAUGAAUGAAUAAAAUGGUAUCGAACACAUGGUUUCCAUGUGGUUGAUACCAUUCCAUUCACGCCAUUCCAGCCAUUAUUAUGAGCCGUCCUCCCAUCAGCAGCCUCGUGCCAAAGGGCCGGUUUCACAGACCCAGGUUAAGCAUAGUCUAACGCAAUCACACACGUUUCUCAUCAAUUGCUUUUAAUUUGCCAUGCACUUAAUUUGUACAAUCAUUUAAAUCAUGUAGCUGUCAUUUAACUCUUAACAAUCAAUUAAAUCAUCAGCCAGAGUAGGAGUUAAUUUGACUCCAUCAGGACAGACAUGGGAAAUCAAUUAGAAUCAGAAUUUUGUAACCUAACAGAUCCAGGGGCCAGUUUCAAGAUAGGAUGGAAUUUAGGUUUACGAGUGUUUUAACAAUGCAUUUCUUCUACAUCAGCCGAAGAUGUAACGUGCGAUUCCCAAAACAUCACGCAAAGAGAACGUUCGCUAAGUGUGUCAUUGAGGCAUGUGCCGAUACUGAUAGGAUCGAAAGACAGCGCUGCUCUCGGAUCAGCUUUCUCCAUUGAAAUCUUACCUUAACAUUAUAAUUAUUCCACAAUACUGAUGACGGAUCAGCUACUAAAAAUAUAUCAUCACCUAUGGCAGCAACUAUUGAGGCGGGUUAUUCUAAUGCUUACCCUAUAAUAAUGCACUAAAUCAAGAUUUGCGCAAAAUCACCCUGAUUAACUAUUUAGUAUUAUCCCAGUUUACCUAUUUGCUUAUGGUCUUGCCUACGCCUAGCGAACAGUUUUUUAAAUUAUAUGAGAAAAAAAUAUUCAAUUUUAUUUGGAACGGCAAGCCAGACAAAAUUAAAAGAGCAUAUUUAUAUAAUGAAUAUGAAUUCGGAGGACAGAAAUAAUUAAAUAUUAAAGCAUUAGACCUAUCACUAAAAGCUUCAGUCAUACAAAAGUUAUACUUAAAUCCGAACUGGUUCUCAAGCAAAUUAGUAAGAUUGUCUCACCCAAUGUUCAAGAAAGGCCUUUUUCCCUUUAUUCAGAUUACAACCUCUCACGUUCAGUUAUUUGAAAAGGAAAUAAUCUCCCAAAUGUCACUAUUUCUAAAACAAGCCAUAGAAAGUUGGUUGCAAUUUCAAUUUAAUCCUCCAGAAACGACAGAACAAAUAAUGCAACAAAUAUUGUGGUUAAAUUCAAAUAUACUAAUUGACAAAAAACCUUUAUUUUUUGACAGAAUGUUUAAAAAAGGUAUAAUCUUCGUAAAUGAUAUCAUCGGUAGGACUGGUGGAGUUAUGUCGCACAUGCAGCUAACAAAAACAUAUGGAAAUGUCUGCUCUACCCAAAAUUACAACCAAAUAAUUGCAGCCUUACCGCAAAAGUGGAAGAGGAAAGUGGAAGGGGGAGAAAGUAAGGAACUUGUCUGUCGGCCUUGCAUUAAAGAACAUAAUUGGUUAAGGAAAACUGUGAUAAAUAAAAAAGUAUAUCAGUUUCACUUAAGGACCAAAGGAUUGACAGCCGUCCCAUAUAGAUUGCAAAAUAGUUGGGAAGAGAUCUUUGACGUACCGAUCCCAUGGCAUAGUGUUUAUGAACUGACACGCAAAACGACACCGGAUUCAAAAAUUAGAAUCUUUCAAUUUAAAUUAUUAUAUAAAAUUCUUGCUACCAAUAGAAUGUUAUUUAUAUGGGGGAUACAAUCUUCCCAGCUCUGCAGGUUUUGCUGUGAAGAGACAGAAUCAUUAGAUCAUUUGUUUUGGUUCUGUCCAUUUGUAGCUUGUUUUUGGACACAGGUCCAGGAAUGGCUAAAGGAUUGCAAUAUUUACCUGGAACUAACCUUGCAGAUAGCAUUACUGGGUGAUCUGAAAAGUCAUAGUCAAUCAAUCAAUAAUAUAAUAAUACUUUUAGCAAAAAUGUUUAUUUUUAAUUCACAAUCUGUAGAAGCAAUGAGAAUAGAAAGGUUCAGAAUUUUUGUAAAACAUCACAGUACGGUCGAAAUAUAUAUGGCAAAUAGAAAUCCUAUAUGGAUGGUGUUAAGAGAUAGAUGGGAGGUAUUGAAUAGAGUUGAAGGAUGGGACUAAUAACAAAUAACAACAAAUAAUAACAAAGAUAGCUAAUAAUGUAAGCAUACUGUGUCCAUAAUAAGUAUAUAGGUUGUAUGUUGGGAGCUUUUGGGAAGGAGCACAGUUAGAAAGAUAUGGCAUAUAGAAGCAAACCGGAUGGACACCAUGAAAAUGAUCGGAGAGGUUGAUAGUAGAAGAAUAUCAGGAGCAAAAAAAAAAAUAUAUAUAUAUAUGAUAGAAUUAUUGUAAAAUUAACUCUGUCCAUAAGGUGUAGAUAGUAAGUAUAGACCGGAAGUAGAGGCCUGGGCAUUGUUGUUCACUAAUUUACUCCAAGUAGGGAAAGGAUGGUGGGGUUGAAAAGUAAUAAAGGGGAGUAUAUUUAUAAAAAAUAAAAAAAACAUGGGGGAUUGGAAGUGAUGCAGACAAUUACAUUGAUAGAAGAUACAAUCUAUCUGCAAUAUUAAGCUGAUCCAUUCCCCCUAGAAGAAAAAAAAAAAAAAUAUAUAUAUAUAUAAACAAUUUAAUAAAAAUAAAACUAAAUAAGAUAUGGCAUAUAGAAGCAAACCGGAUGGACAUCAUGAAAAUGAUCGGAGAGGUUGAGGGUAAAGGGAGUUCAGGAGUAAAAACAAACAAAAUAGAAUUAUUGUAAAAUUGACUGUGUCCAUAAAAUGUAUAUAGUAUGUAUAAGCUGGAAGUAGAGGCCUAAGCAUUGUUGUUCACUAGUUUACUCCAAUUAGGGAAGGGGUAGUGGGGUUGGAAAGUAAUAAAGGGAAAUAUAUUUUUUUAAAGGAUAUGUAUGUGUAUUUAUAUGUAUAUAUGUAUGUAUGUAUUUAUAUGUAUAUAUGUAUAUAUGUAUUUAUGUAUGUGUAUGUAUGUAUGUAUAUAUAUAUAUAUAUAUAUAUUUGCGAGGAAAAAAACCAUAUGGGUGAUUGGAAGUGAUGCAGACAAUUACAUUGAGGAAAAAAACCAUAUGGGUGAUUGGAAGUGAUGCAGACAAUUACAUUGAUGGAAGUUACAAUCUAUCUGCAAUAUUAAAGCUGAUCUACCCUAUUUGUGCACAUGUUGAUACACAUCAUGAAAAAUAUUUAGGCAAAAUUACUGACAGUAGCAUACAAUUAGCAAAGUAGAACUCAUUUGAAUGAACAUGAAAUUGACUUCAAUAUUAUUGAAUUAUAUAGGCCUAUAUAGCCUAUACUGUAGGCUAAUUAUCUUUUAAUGCAGUCAUCUCGGUUUUCAUUUUAAACAUAUUUUUAUCCUUCGCGUGUUUGUAACAAUUGCAAAGACAUUGGCAACUUUAUUUGUAGUCAACUUAGUUGUAAAGCUAUCUGCUGUCACAGAGAGACAGCGAAACAUCUUGAUUCUAUGUUUAGCGUAUAUCUUCUGUGUAUAAAGUGAUGCGGUAAGGAAAAAACACAUCUAACAACGCACUUAGCUGUUCUAUAGGUGGUCUGAGGCAGUCGAUGAAUAACAAGCUUUUAAGUGUAACGUUAAUAAUGAUGGUUUUGGGAAACAGCUCAGAGAUUUAACGAUGCUCCUACAAAGGUUCUAACUAUGAACGUAGCCUUAAGAAGCUUUUGGGAAACCAGGCCCAGAGUGAUUCACAAGUAUCAACCAAGGAGCAUCGAUAGGACAUACAGCACAUCUUCUAAUCUAAAGUAAGAGUUAGUGGCAAUCACUACUCUCCCCUACAGCCAUGCCCUCUGUCUCUGCUCUGCCUUCUCACUCUUCCUCAAUUUAAACGUUCUCUUUCUCUUCCUUCUCAUUGGUCCUGGGGGUUGGUGCUGGCCUCUGAUAGGCUGAUGGUCAGAGUUAUAAGUGUUUUUCUCCAGGAGGAUCUCUCCAUUGGUGGAGUAGAUGGCCUUGGACCAGGUCAGCACGUUACCAGGGGUGUAGUAGUAGGACUGCCACCCAGACAUGAAGGCCAUUAUCCAGCUUGGGGAGAGGACUCUGUCCCACAUUUCCACGUCAGUUACCUGACCCUCAAAUUUAUACACGUUCAAGACAGGAGGCCCAUUGGUCAACUACACACACACACAUAAAGAAAUACAAAGAAAAAAUACUGCAUAUAAUUAGAAUACAUCAUAUCUACUAAAGGAAAACGCUCAUUUACAUUAUGCUGAAUUACUUCAUUAAACUCAGGAGUUUAAUAAAUUGUUUAUUGCCAAUUUUUGUGAGGUACUGAAACUACCUCAGACACAUGUUGAGAGGCACAGGGUCAGUGGCGGUGCACUUAUAUCUCCCUCUCUAUCACCUCUCCCACUUUCUCUCCUCUUACCUGGCCAAACACCCUCUUCCUGACGCUGACAGUCCCGCCUCUCCACACCUGGGCCACGCCCAUCUUUUUCUCCCAGGUAACGCACAGGCUUGUCCAGGGGCGUGGCUCGCUGAUGGAGCUGAGCAGCCUAUAGGAGCAGAAGUCCUGGGAGGAGGAAUAGAUGGAGAGGUGGUCCUUCCCAUAGCCACUUCUCAGUAAAAGGUUCCAGUAGUUUCCCUGAGUGAGGCUGAAGAGAGUCAAGUCUUUCCUCUCCUCAGCCAUGUAACGCAGACACACAGUCAGAGCAGAGAGAGAGGGAGAGGGAGAGGAGGUAGUGUAGGGAUACGAGCUGGUGUAGGGAGAUGAGGAGGAGGAGGGAGAUGAGGAGGAGGGAGAUGAGAAGGAGGAGGAAGAGGAGGGAGAUGGGGAGGAGGAGGGAGAUGGGGAGGAAGAGGGUGAGGGAGAGAUCGCAUCUGUGUACAUGGUGAGUUCCCCGCCAUAUGUCACUGUAAACAUCUGACCACGCAGGUUUAAGGUGGAGAGUCCUGCAGAGAAUCAAUCAAUCAACGAAUCCAUCAAUCAAUCCAAUACUAUCUGUGUAGCACUUCUUUAAAACGUUAUUUGUCACUGAUCACUUCAAAGAACCCACACCUAACAUAGUAUCUCUCUCUGUGUGUGUGCGCGCUCGUGUGUAUUUGAAUGCGGUACCUGAAGGAGUUGUUCGAUUUCUGGCCCCAGUUCGGCCCAACACCGACAGCAGCACAAGAGCGUUAA